AAUUUGCAGCGUCCAUAAACAAAAGACGAUCGUGGUGCGCAGCGGUGUAGGCGUAGGCGCCGAAAUAUCAGUCCCAUGUGUUAGCGGCAAAAAGCUGCCUGAAAAGCGACGCAAAUCGGCCGAUUUUCAGAGAGCACGGCUCGCAUUCGUUUGAUUUAGGUGCAAAAUUAAAUAGCGAGGACAUGUCAAACGACGGGCCCUCCCCGCGCAAAAUGGCCAAGCCUUCGGGUAGCAACGGCGAAGACACGGGCGACACAGACGCUGAGACCCAAAAGGCGCUGGUGGAUAUCGACUCAUGCCAGAACGAGAUCGAUGCUCUGAAUGAGAAGGCCAGCGAGGAAAUUCUGCUGGUGGAACAGAAGUACAACAAGUUGCGGAAGCCCUUCUUUGAGAAGCGCAAUGAAAUCAUCAAGAGGAUACCAAACUUCUGGGUCACUGCAUUUGUCAAUCACCCGCAGAUCCAACUGGACGAGUCUGAAGAGGAUUGCCUCACACACCUGAAGAAGCUUGAGGUUGAAGAGUUUGAGGACAUUAAAUCUGGAUACAAAAUCAACUUCCACUUUGAGGACAACCCCUUCUUUUCUAAUGAGGUGAUCUCAAAGGAGUUCCACCUGGGUUUGUCAGACCCUGUGUCUCGAAGCACAGAUAUACACUGGAAGGACGGGCAGGACCUGACCAAGAAGAAUGGCAACGCCAAAGGGCGCAAGAGGCCCCAUGAGAUGGGCGGGUUCUUCCCCUGGUUCCUCAACAACGAUGACCCCUGCAGCGACGAGAUCGCUGAGGUCAUCAAGGACGACAUUUGGCCCAAUCCUCUGCAGUACUACUUGAUGGAGUUGGAUGGUGGCGAGGAUGAGGAGGGAGAGGAGGACAUAGUCAUCAUGGAGGAGCAAGAAGAUGAUGACGAUGAAGCCAAUGACGAGGCUGAGGAAGAACUCAUUGAAGACGAAGAGGGUGGUGAAGGCGAUGAAGACGCCUAUCCCUCUGAAGAGGAGGCAGAAAAAGAGGGUGGAUAAACAGGCAGGCUAAAAUUCAUUGCCCAUAAGUUCUGUAUCAAUCACUACUAGCAGCAUGAGCUCUUUAUUUUUAUUUUUAAGUGAAUACCUAGCAGUAAUAAUGCCAAUGUUCAGAACAAAAUUUUACCUCAGUUUCUAAAAAAGAAGAAAAAAGUGUGGACAUUAAGUGUAUUGAUAUCAUUCUCUCAUCAGUUGCAGUUAAAAUGUAUGUCUGACUAUUCGGUUUCAUGAUUUAGGCGAUUAAUAAACGGUACUUUUAACAUUUAUAAAAA